AUGUCGCUGCCAGAUCGCUCCAUCCGCAUUUGCGCGGACAGGGGAGGGACCUUCUGCGACGUGUUUGCGUCGUUCCCUGACCCAGAGAACGAUGCAGUCAGGAAGGAAAUUGUCGUGAAGCUGCUCUCGCAGGAUCCCGGAAAUUAUCGCGACGCACCCACAGAGGGAAUCCGGAGGGUGCUCGAGAUCGCAACAGGGACCAAGAUCCCGCGCGGAACUGUACUACAGACGGACAAGAUUGACUAUGUGCGACUGUCUACGACCGUCGCGACGAACGCCUUGCUCGAGCGGAAGGGACACAAACAUGCGCUGCUCAUCACAAAGGGCUUCAAGGAUCUGCUCCUUAUCGGCAACCAGUCACGUCCCAAGAUCUUUGAUCUCAACAUCCGUCGUGCGCCACCGCUCUACUCUGCCGUCCUCGAGGUUGACGAGCGCGUCACGCUCGUUGGCUACACUUCCGAUCCGCAGGCAGAGGCGCACGCUGUGCAGUUUGACGAGGACGGGAACGUUACGCGCGGGUACAGAGGCGCGGGCUGGGAUGGCGUGGGCGAUGCAGAGGGCCCUGGCGAGAUCGUACAGGGCCUAUCGGGUGAGGCAGUCAGGAUCAUGAAACGACCCGACCUCGACACAAUCAAGGCGGACCUGGAGCGUCUCUACGCCGACGGCUUCCGCUCACUCGCGAUUGUGCUCUGCCACUCGUACACGUUCCCCGACCACGAGCGUUGUAUAGGCGACCUUGCGCGCGCAGUCGGCUUCACGCACGUCUCCGAAUCGUCACAGUUACUGCCGAUGAUCAAGAUGGUCCCGCGAGGCGUGUCGUCCACCGCGGACGCGUACCUCACCCCGAUCCUGCGCGAAUACCUCGACGGCUUCUUCAACGGCUUCGACGAGAAGUUGCGCGAUGGGCGCGUGCGCAGCCCCCGCGUCGAGUUCAUGGGCAGCGACGGCGGCUUGCUCGACCUCACGAACUUCACAGGGCUGAAGAGCAUCUUGAGCGGUCCCGCGGGCGGAGUGGUUGGCCACGCGCUCACAAGCUGGGACGAAGAGCGCAAGCAUCCGAUUAUUGGGUUGGAUGUUGGAGGCACUUCGACAGACGUGUCCCGGUUUGACGGGAGAUACGAAGUUGUGUAUGAGACGACGACGGCGGGUGUCACAAUCCAGUCGCCGCAGCUGGACAUUAACACCGUCGCUGCAGGCGGCGGUUCGCGACUGUUUUUCCGCAAUGGUCUCUUCCUCGCGGGCCCGGAGAGUGCAGGCGCGGAGCCUGGCCCGGCGUGUUAUCGCAAGGGAGGGCCGUUAGCAGUCACAGAUGCGAAUCUGGUAUUGGGCCGACUUGUACCAGACUAUUUCCCGAAGAUAUUUGGCAAGUCGGAGGAGGAGCCGCUUGAUACGGAAGCGUCGCGGUCUGCUUUCGAGGCGUUAGCAAAAGAAAUCAAUGUGAACCAGGAGAAGCAGCUUGAAUUCGAUGAGAUUGUAUACGGCUUCAUCAAAGUCGCAAAUGAGACUAUGGCGCGGCCCAUCCGCGCGCUGACGGAAGCGAGGGGAUACGCUCUUUCCAAACAUAUCCUGGCAAGCUUCGGGGGCGCAGGCGGUCAACACGCCUCUCUAUUCUGUCUGCGUAUGGACUGGCUCUGGCAGACCGGUAAGCUUCCCCAUUUAUCUGGGCCUCAGAAGCUCGUCAAACUUCACAGUGUAUUCGAGCUGCAGCAACCUUCAUCAACGUUCUAUACACCUGAGAAUCACGGGUCUCUCGUCGCACGUCUGGAUAAAUUGGACGCAGACGUGCGCACCGAGCUGGCGCGGCAGGGCUUCGAGGGCGACCGCAUACACACCGAACGCAUGCUGAAUAUGCGUUUCGACGGUACAGACACGGCGCUGAUGGUCCUGCCUGACCCUAAGGACGGUGACGGCAAGGAAGACUUCGAGGCGGCGUUCAACCGCGUGUAUAAGGCAGAGUUUGGGUUUCUGUUGGAGACGAAGUCGAUUAUAGUGGAUGACAUCAAGGUUCGUGGAAUAGGUAAGACGUUCGACACGCUCGGAGAAUCCGUGUACUCCGAGGUCGCACGGAUUGAACGGCGCGCGGUCAACGUACAGAAGGCAGACAAGACCUGGAGUGUGUACUUUGACCGUCUCGGGCGCGUGCGGGACACGCCAGUGUAUCUGCUGCCGUCGCUGGUAGUCGGAGAAGUAAUUGAAGGCCCGGCGAUGAUCAUCGACAACACACAAACGAUCGUGCUCAUCCCAGGAGCUCAGGCGGUGCUGACGAGCAAGCACCUAUACAUUACACUUGAGUAG